AUUGGGCAGGGUCUGCUGCUGCUGCUCCGGGAGCUUUUCCUGCUGCCGCCGCUGCUCGCAGGCGCUAUAAAUAGUGUCCCAGUCCAAAAUGCUCCGGUCUCUAGCGCGCUUGGCUCGCGGGCGAGCGCUGCCACCCUCGCCCCGGGCGUAGGGAGCCCGGCGGGCCCCAGGCGGAGUGCGCAGUGACUGUUACUCCUGAAAAACUUCUAAAGGAUCGGUUUAAGCAGAAGAUGAGUACAAUGGAGCAGUGUGUUGUGAACAAACAUAGAGCAAGUUCCUGAACUCUUCAACUUCCCUUCAUUCCUCUAGUGCUGAGGCAUACAGAGCAGAAUGUUUGCAUGCUCAGAGAAAGAUUAUUCUAACUGAAAGCAUUUCACAGUGCUCUAAAUUGUCUUCUAACGUGUGGUGAGGAAGUGGUGAUGUCACAUGCAGCUCUUACAGGAAACAAGCAACAAGAUUAUUUAGGGGAACUUGAGAAUUUGGUGAUUUCCAACGGAUUAAACACCACAGAAAUGGAUGAUGGAGGUCUAACGAAUAGCUGGUGGACUUAAUUAGCACAACAGUCAUGCGCAUUUGGUUUCAUAGCAAUAUUGGAAAAAGUUCAACUGUAGACCAUGCCUGUCCCUCCCCCUCCAGCUCCUCCGCCUCCCCCUACUCUUGCAGUGGCAAAUACCGAAAAGCCUUCCUUAAGCAAGUCUGAACAAUCAGGGCGAAAUGCUCUCUUAUCUGAUAUUAGUAAAGGAAAAAAACUAAAGAAAGCUGUUACUAAUGAUAGAAGUGGCCCUAUCCUAGACAAACCAAAAGGAUCAAGUGGUGGCGGCGGCGGCUUUGGCGGCAGCAGUGGUGGAGGAAGUGGUGGUGGCUAUGGUGGAGGCAGUGGCGGUGGCGGCGGCGGUGGUGGCGGACAUUCUGGAGGAAACAGACCUCCCAUGCUGCCACCAGGAGGAAGAACAACAUCUGCCAAGCCUUUUUCACCACCAAGUGCCGUGGGCAGAUUUCCGGGGCCGUCCCCUUUGGGACAAAGAAGUACCGCUCCUGAACCACAGAGAAACCGAAUGCCACCUCCGAGACCUGAUUUUGGUUCCAAACUGGAUACAGGGCCUCCUCCUGUUCCAAAUACUCCAAGACCCAUUCCAUCCGCUCAGCAUAACAGAGCAUCCCCUGCUGUGCCAGGAGUAAACAGGCAAACAAGCGCAGGGCCUAUCCCUCCAUCUUUCCCAGGAAACAGAAAUACAGGAUUUGGAGGAUCUAUUCGCCAAUCGACUCCAAGUUCCUCACCUUCUUUCUCUAACAGACCUCCCCUUCCUCCUGCUCCUGGCAAAUCAACAGAUGACAAGCCGCCGCCGCCGCCGCUGCCUCCAACAGGAAAUCGGCCGCUCCUCAGUCGGGAAACUACUUUUCCAUCUCCACCACCUCAGAACAGUAAACCUCCUGUUCCUUCCACGCCUCGGCCAUCUAAUCUCUCUCAGGCUCCACCCCUGCCUCCAAAUAGGCCAGGCUUACCUCCAGUUCCACCCAUUUCAAGUGGAAAUGAUGACAUGCCACGUCUUCCACAAAGGAAUCUCUCUCUAGGUUCUCUUUCUGCUUCCAGCUUGCCUGGAACAGGUCGUUCUGGCCCUCUUCCUCCCCCUCCAAAUGAGCGGCCUCCUCCUCCAGUAAGAGAUCCACCUAGCAGAUCAGGACCCCUUCCACCUCCUCCCCCAAUAAACAGAAAUGGAAGCACUUCACGGGCAUUGCCUGCUACGCCACAGUUACCUUCCAGGCCAGGAUUCGAAAACCAGAGGGGUGGACCAAGGCCUCCACUUCCUCCUGACAGAUCUGGUACCGGAGCUCCUCCACCACCUCCUCCACCAUCAUCAGCAAUCAGAAAUGGCUUCCAGGAUUCAUCAUGUGAAGAUGACUGGGAAAGCAGAUUUUCCUUCCAUCCCAUAUCGGACUUGCCACCUCCAGAGCCAUACGUACCAACGAACAAAAGUUACCCUAGUAAAGUGGGUAGGAAUGAAAGCAGAAGUAAGUUGUUUGCCAAAACAUGUUAAUUUUGAAAGAUAAUGUGCAAGG